UUAAUUCACGUGGCUAACACGUGCUUGCCUUGAUGAGAAGUGGAAGGAAGAAGGGUUUUAGGGCUCUUGCGUAAAAGCCCUUAAAAAAUUCAAUUACGGAGUAGAAAUAGAAGAUCUAUGGUUUGAAAGUUGGAGAAAGAUGUGGUUGGGAAAUUUAAAAGCAAUUCGAAACACAUUGGUGAGGUAUUACUCAAGAAAAGCUGCAGUGAACGUGAGGAAAAUAAACCCUAAAGUACCAACUCAGCAAGCUUAUUCAAUUGCUCAAUCUCUUUACGACAUCAUCAAGCAAAAUGGUCCUCUUUCCGUCUCCAACACUUGGAUUCAUGCCAAGGAUGCUGGGAUUGAUGGGUUGAAUAGCAAAACCCACAUGAAAAUAAUGAUGAAAUGGAUGAGGGGGAGGAAUAUGUUGAAGUUGCUGUGCGAUCAUGUUGGUAAUACUAAGAAAUUUCUCCACACUACUCUUCCUGAAGAACCUCGAACUGACAAGUUGGAGAAUGAGAAAGAGAAGGAGAAGCCUCGGGUUAAAAAGAGGAAGAAGCAUCCGGUUAAAAAGGGGAAGAAACUAAAAGCAUAAGAUGCAGCUAGGAGAACAUUACCUCCUAUUGUAUUUCUUUCAUUGUUGGAUUAAAUUUGAGUGAUUCCUUUUGGGCUGGAACAUUUUUUUCUCUGUUGUGGUUCCGAUGGACUAUGAUAUUGCUUAUGCUUUGAGUUUGAA